AUGUAAAUAUAAUACGUUAAUGUAUUUUAUUCUAUAAGUAUAAAUAAUAAAGUAUAAGUUAGUAUUAUUAACAGUGAAGGUCAGAAUUUUAAAGCCAGCUACACCCACACUGUUGUAGUUAAAUACUCUGGUAGCUGUUGACAUAAUUGGAACUUUUUGUCUUCAGCGCAUGACUACGUAGUGAAUCAUUCAAGGCUGCUAGUUAAAUAGUUAACAGUUGUUAUUUUAGACCAAAUUUCAGACAACCACGUCAUGAUAUGUUAUGCAAUAUUAUUAUGUUAACUUUGAUAAAUAAUUUUCCACGUUCAACGUUCCAAGCUAGAACUUUUGUCCUAUGGAUGCCGGAAAAUACAAGAGACAAAAAGAAAAAUAUUCAACGUUGAAGACCAAAUUUCUCUGACUAGGAUAACGACCGUGUUUAAAGUUUGGUAUGGUCACUGACAAAUCUAAGAAUGCCCAUCAGACACUCAUAUCAAAUGGGACAGGCCAAAAUCGCUGUUAAAGAUAACACAGCACAUUUUAAUAAGAAGUGACAUUUAUGGGUUUUCAGUUCAAUCUUUUUUGUGAUUUUUGUAAAAUGUACUACAAUAUGAGUAUUAAUAAAGUAAAAAAUUGUAACGAUGAUGAAGAAAGUGGGUAUCAAGCAGAAUGGAGUAUGAAGACAUAUUCGAUUAGGAAUUUGGAUGACUGCUCCAUUUGUGAAGGAUAUGAUCAGUCAUUAAAAAUAUCACAAUGAAUAAGUGUAUCUCUUGUGGUUUCGUUUUGCCUUAAGUGGACACAUGAAUCGAAAUGAAACUAUGAUUCAUCAAAUCCAUUACGCGGUGGAUACCGCCAUCGCAUCUUUGCGUCUCUGCAGUCUGCAUCAUCAUGGAUGGAUGGGUAUCCGAGGUGAGGUAUGAGGAGACGUGGAAUGAGCGAGAAGGCAUAGUGUGGGCCGAAUGCCGAGUGACGCGGAGCAACUCCGCGACGGCGUUCGAACGUGAGGCUAUUUAAAACAGUGCGCAAGCCCCCUGGCGCCGAGUCUACAGUGGACGACUAAUGAUCAGUACUGUCUUGUCAGCCGUCGAGUGCGUAUUAUUCCAGUGAAACGUGUUUACGCGAGAACGUUUCAGUGUUUGUUUAGUUUCUACAAUUUCCACGCGGCAAAUAACGUGAAAAAUGGCUGACAGUGGUCUCAAGAGAAAUAUCCCCAUCAAGCUUGGCGAUUUUUCGGUUAUCGAUACAGAAUUCUCAAGCAUCAGAGAGCGCUUCGAUGCCGAAAUGAGGAAGAUGGAAGAAGAAAUGAGCAAAUUCAGAUCAGAACUCAUGAACAGAGAAAGCAACAAUUUCUUCAAGAGCACAACUAGCACGACGACAUCUUCACAGCACAGUGACAGCAGACAGCUUGCUGAGCCCAGUCACUGGGAUAGCUUAAACUCGCCGCUCAUUCAAGACGAGGGUGACGGCAAGACUCUCAAGCUUCGCUUUGAUGUCAGCCAGUAUACUCCCGAAGAGAUCGUUGUUAAGACUGUCGACAACAAAUUACUGGUCCAUGCCAAACACGAGGAGAAAUCUGAUACGAAAUCUGUGUACAGAGAAUACAACAGGGAGUUUUUGUUGCCCAAGGGAACAAAUCCUGAGGCCAUUAAGUCUUCGCUGUCCCGGGACGGUGUGCUUACCGUGGAAGCGCCAUUGCCACAACUCGCCAUCACGGACAGGAACAUUCCUAUCCAGAAGCACUGAGCGGUCUCAUCAUUCGCCACGAGUCCACUGAGGCAGCAGAUAUUCCAUAACUGUUAAUAAUUUAUUUUUAAUUUACGUUUAUAAAUUAAAAUAAGAAAAAAAUCGGCGUUAUUUAUUUAGAAUCUUAUUUUAGUGAAUCUCAAAAUUUAUUAACACCACAUACUUACUCGUUGUAAUUUGUCAAUUAAUGUUUUUGCGUAUUCCAAUUUGCGUUGUGGGACACGGUCUGCGUGUUAAUGUUGCUUUAGUGACAUUCGCUUUCACUGUGCUAGUGGAGUUUGAAGUUGGUAUAAUUAUUUGUCGUGAUUGUAACAAAAAUGAAUUAUAAUGUACCAUUCUCAAUUCCAUUCGGAUGGGUUGAAGAAAAUUUUAUUCAUAUUUUAUUAGUUUCUUACGCCAUCAAGCUCCAACUAUAAAAUGAGCUAACGCGUGUUCAAUGUAGUAUUGAAAGUACUGUGAAUUGUUUUAAGAAUAAUCGGCUAUGACAACGACGAAUGGAAAGUGUCUUAUAUAUAAAAAUGUCCAUUUUGCUUAAUGCCACCUGCUAAUAGCAGCGAUAAGUAGGAUAUUAAUGAAAUACACCAAUUUAACAGCUUAACUUGAUACACAUUUAUAUUUUAGUACAAACAGUUGUUACGAAUGUUUUAGAUGUCAAAUAAAAUAAAUAAAAACGUA